AUUACGAAAGAUGUCAUCGAAAAUAAAAUGUCAAUAGACAACAAUUAUUCUGAAGACUUGAACAAUAUUGGUUGGUCUUUCAAAGAAGUUUGUAAAUUUGCAAAACAGAUAAAACCAGAUAAUUGGUGCAUCGUAGCAUCAAAUGAUCGAAUCGCUUUUAUAGAAAUAAAAUUGUCACACAGUGGUCCUGCUAGCUUACAAAAACAGUUGAUUUUGAGUAAUUAUUUAGAGCUUGAAGUUUAUGUUGGAAAUAAUAAGUUGAGUGACAAGAUUUUGAAUACGAGUGAUAUAAAUAGUGUAGUCGAUUUAGAAGAGUGUUUAUCAACUCUUGGAAGAUUUGGUACUUGUUUAGGAAAUAGAAAUUUUCACAGAACAAAUAAAACCGCCUCACAAGUGAAGACAGAAUAUUGGAAACAUGCUCAAUGCUUAUUAGUUUAUGAAAAAGACCAUACUAGAAAAGAACGCUGUUGUGAUAAUUGUCUUUCGCUGAAUUAUUUCCUGACAAAGAAACAAAGAGAACUUGUGAUUCCUGCUGUUGAUGACGAUGAUGAUGAUGAUGAAGACAUGAAACCCUCACUUAAAAGAGUUAAACAGGAGCCGUAUGUUGAGCAUGACACAAGGGUAAAACUGGAACCAUUGGACUAGCACAGCUACAGAAUUGAUCAAAUAAUCCCGGAACCUAAGAGACUUAUUUCUUCACAAGAUUGAUUACGAUAUAUUUACUAGUGCACUGAAAUAUUACCAUUGUAGUUACUCCAAUGUAAAUAUCAAAUGAACAUGGAGUCGACUCACGUUCUAGUUUUAGAAGUUCUCCAGGGAGCAUCUAGUCAGAAUCCUGAAAUUCUCAAACCAGCAGAAGCUAAACUGAAGGAAUGGGAAACACAGCCUGGAUUCUAUGCUGUAUUACAAAACGUAAUAUCUAACCAUACCUUUGAUGUAAAUGUGAGGUGGAUAGCUGUACUAUACAUGAAAAAUGGAGUUGACAAAUAUUGGAGAAGAAAUGCUCCAAACGCUAUAUCUGAAGAAGAAAAACACAAUAUCAGACAGGGGUUGCUGACUAAUUUCACUGAACCAAUCAGCCAGAUUGCAGUACAGAAAGCAGUUCUCAUUUCAAAAAUUGCUCGUCUUGAUUAUCCAAAGGAGUGGCCGGACCUUUUUCCCACACUUCUAGCAGCAGUUGGAAAUCCUGAUAGCCUCAUUCAACAUAGAUCGUUGUUAACGUUACACCAUGUCGUGAAAGCAAUUUCAUCCAAGAGAUUGGCAGCUGAUCGAAGGCUAUUUCAUGAACUCACCUUGAGCAUAUAUACAUUCAUUUUGAAUAUGUGGAAUAACUAUACUGAAGCAUUUGUUCGAGACAUCCUUCAAAAUGCUAGUACACAGGAUAUAACCUUGAAUUUAGAAAAGUCACUGCUUACUCUCAGGAUUUUGAGAAAAUUGACAGUUUUUGGUUUCUACAAACCCCACGAAAAUCAAGAUUGUGUCUCUUUCAUGAAGGUGGUUUUUGAAAAGGCAAAAACUGCUAUUCAGUGCCGCAAACAGCUGAAGGGAAAAGGAAUUUAUGUUUUGGAACUCUGUGAAAAAUUCAUAAUACACCUCACUAAGGUAUUGCUGUCUGUUUUGGACAUGCAUCCGUUUUCAUUUAUCGACUUUAUUCAACCCAGUUUGGAAUUCACAUUUUAUUAUCUCUUCACUGAUGAAGGCAUCAGUUUAAUAUUUGAGAGAUUUGUUAUACAGUGUUUGAACAUUAUUAAAAAUAUCUUAUUAUGUGUGGAAUUCAAGGCUGCUAAAAUGAUAGAAAAAACAAAACAUCCGGAAACGUUACGUGCACAUCAAAUGAAAUUGAUGUUUUUUCAACCAGAAACAGUGUCCGACAUGUGUAGGAAAUUAGUGGGUCAUUACUUUAUUUUAACCCAAGAUGAAUUAGAUUUAUGGGAUGCUGAGCCUGAAGAAUUUUCAAAUGAUGAAAGUGGGGAUAGUUGGAAAUACAGUCUGAGACCCAGCAUUGAUACAGUUUUUGUGACGAUUUUUCAUGAAUACAGAGACUAUUUGAUCCCUGUUCUACUACAAAUGGUGGCAGAUACAAAUAUAUUAGUUUCACCAGAGGAUAUGCCAGCUAUUUUAAAAAAGGAUGCCGUGUAUAAUGCCGUCGGCUUAUGUGCUUUUGAUUUAUACGACGAAAUUGACUUUGAUGGAUGGUUCAUGAACACUCUUCUCCAGGAGUUGAAGAUUAAACAUAACAAUUAUAGGGUGAUUCGAAGACGAGCACUUUCAUUAAUAGGACGUUGGACUGGUAUUAAAUUAUCUAGCGAACUCAGACCGGCUCUGUAUGACUGUAUUAAUAAUUUAUUAUCUUCCGAUGAAGAUAUGGCUGUGAGACUGACUGCUGCAUCCACUUUACGGUUUGCAAUCGAUGACUUUGAGUUCAACUCCGAACAGUUCAAAGAUUAUAUGUUUGAUGCCUUCAAUCUUCUCUUUACCUUGCUGAAAGAAUCAAAGGAAUGUGACACAAAGAUGCAAGUGUUAAACGUCAUGACACUUCUACUGGAGAGAAUGGGCAGCACAACACAUCUUCAACUGGAUUCUCUUGUGCAAUAUCUGCCACACCUGUGGCAAGAAUCUGAAGAGCAUAACAUGCUCAGAUGUGCUAUAGUUUCCACAUUGGUACAACUGGUUAAAUCUUUAGGGGGUGUCAAACCUGAACUGAAUCCUUUUUUGCUACCCAUUAUUCAACUUGGUACUGACACAUCGCAUAAUGCUAUAGUAUAUCUACUGGAAGAUUCUCUCGAUCUCUGGUUGACAGUUUUGGAGUAUUCCCCUACUAUGACUAACGAAUUGAUGCGAAUAUUCAAUAAUAUGCCUCCCCUAUUAGAGUACUCAACAGAGACCUUGCGCCAGAGUUUAGUUAUAUGUCUGGUCCAUCUUUUGUUGGCUCCUGAACUUGUUAUGCGUACAAGUGGUAUUCAGAUCAUGCAAGUGUGUGCCGGUCUGAUAUCUGACCUUAAAAAUGAAGGAGUUGUAAUGUUGAUGAGGCUUGUUGAAACUUUCAUUAGAGCUUCGCCAGUUUUAGGAGCUGAAACAGUGCUGCCUAUCCUUCCAAAAAUAUUCGAGAGAAUAUAUUGUGCUGAAGACUAUUCAUUACUAAUGACUAUGUUUCUUUGUACUCUGUCAAGAGUGUUACUAUCAUCACAUGAAGUAUUUACGAGAGUGCUGGUUACCCUUGCCCAAGCACAUAAAGAAUCAGAUUUAGUAACUUUAGGUAAAAUUUUAGAUGUCUGGCUGGACAAAAUGAGAAAUGUGGCUCAACCGGAUCACAGAAAACUGUUAGGAUUGGCCUUAGCUAACUUGUUAACUACUCGAAGUGGACCUGUUUUAGAAAGGUUUGGGCUAAUAAUGUUGAACGUUUUAGAGACUCUCAACGAUAUUACAAAAGCUGAAGAUAAUGGAGAAAUGAUUGAUUCUUUGGUAAUAAGAGAAGGUCAGAGCCCUAGUCAUUUCGAUGAGGAUGGAGAUGGUUACUAUGAAACUGAUCACGAUCAGAGAAAAAGGCAACUUGUUUUGUCAGAUCCUGUUCACACAAUUAUUUUGAAGGAUUAUCUUCAAUCACAGUUAUGUGAAUUGAGGAACCAAGUGGGCAUGGAACAGUUUCAGCAACUAUUACACUGUGUUGAUGUAGAUACGCUGUCACAACUCAAAGAAUAUAUAACUUUGUAGUGAUGUAAAAUAUUCAAUAUAUUUUAAUGAGUGUAGGAACUUUGUGAAACCCAGCAAGUUCCACCAUCCAUUAUUUUAUUAAUAAGAGUUUACCAGUUCCUUAGAAAUAGGAGAAAUUAAUCAAAAAUGGAGAGACUCUUGAUAAUACUUAUGUUACUCAUUUGAUAAUCUGUCUUGUUUAGAACGUUGAAACAUUUAUUCUUUAUGGUUUAAUUUUUAUAUGGUAAACUAAUAAAGGAAUAAUUAUUGUUGCCAUCCCUUUUAUUUGCAAAUAAAAUUAUUGCAGUCAGUUCAUAUCUAAAUGUUGACGACAUUUUGUAUCUUAUAUAAAUUAUGUAUUUUUAGAUGUUUUUGGUUUGUUUCAAGAUAUUUCAUUAAAUCCGUUGAUUUAUGCUGG